GGUAAAAUAGAAAACUACCAAUCUAUCGAUCUACCAGGAUCGAGAUCGAUCGAUGUCUUCGUCCUCGGUUCGCAAGCGCCCAUCGGCCAUUACCGCCGCCGCCAGCUCCAGCGACGUCUCGCCGUGGACAACCCUGCACGGGGAUCUGGUGUGCCUCGUCGGAUGGCGGGUGCUGGCUCAGGACCUGCUCGACUACGUCCGCUUCCGUGCCGUCUGCCGGUACUGGCGGUCCAACACAGUCUGCCCGCGCGGGCGUGGAAUAGUCGAUCCGCGGUUCCACCCGCGCCGCUGGAUGAUGCUGCCCGAAGGGCACAGGCUCCAUCCCCGGGAAGGCAGCAAAAAACGUUUCUUCAACCUGUCCAGUGGAGCUUUCGUCCGCCCUCGACUUCCGCUUCUCAGAGACCACUUCGUCCUCUGCCCAAUCGACGGCCUGCUCAUCAUCGUGCGAGGCUGGCAAUACCACAACAGUGUAUGCCUCCUCCACCCUUUCACGGGUGACGUUGUGGAACUCCCGGAAAACUUAACUAUCCCAGUAGACAUAACUCUCCCAGAAAUCUUGCGACCACGCUUGUUAUCGAUCACUGCGUUCGCGGCUGUGAGCACAAGUCCGGAUGGAGUCCUCGGGGUCAUGAUCGCGUUCCAUAAUACACCGUUCAUACUCUUUGCUAGCACAAGGCACAAGCAGUGGAGUUUAUCUGCCUUAGCCUUCUACCCACAUCCACAUGCGAGCCCAUUAUCUUUCAAAGGAAAACUUUACAUGUUGCGGGAGCAAAGAUCUAGCUGGGAACUAAAUAUUCUGCGGUUCGACCCACCUUGGCAAGAGCAUUCAACGACAUCGGAUUUAGCUUCGUCUUCCUGGUUGUCACCCAAGUUGGUUGCCACAUGUCCGGCGAAUAAGUUCCCCACGCCCGAGCUGGUAGAAUGCGACUCCGAGAUCCUGGUGUUGGGCAAUAGAGAAGCUACACAUAUGCUCAUUUACAGAUUAGUGGAUCUUGCCCAAGGGAAGUUUGUCCCAGUAAAAAGCAUCGGAGGAAAUGCUCUAUUGAUGGAUACUGAAAGGAACCUGAGUUUUAGUUUCUCAGCGGUGCCUACCACCAUGGGUGAUACCAUUGUGCUUGCAAAUCAUCCCGUUGCUGAAUACCAUAUCAGCAGCGAUACCUGGUCAUGGAGAGUUGGGGGAUGUGCAGAACAUGGUUGUAGCAUGGAGUGCUGUACUUGUAGCCUCAUUGACCAUAUGUGCAAUAUAUGUCGCUGUGUUUCUAAGUGGAACACAGGUGGUGGAAUAAUCAGUCCGGCCAGGUGGAACAAUAAUCAUUUCAUUGCCAACACUAAUGCAGGGCAUGUCUAGUCUAGGAGUAGCAUGGGUGGCGAUAUGCAUGGAGCAAGUUCAGUUUGAACUGUAAUACCUUGGUUCUUCUAAUAUAUAUACGCACUUGUCUAUCCUUGGUUCAUUUUAGUACUUUCGUUCA